GAGGAAGUGGACAGAGCUCGGCUAGCUGUUAGCACGGUAGCUUAACGGAAAAAGCGAGCGUCAACGGUAACAGGGCGACACAGACCGUUGUACGGAAUCGCCUCUGUUACACAAAGGGAGAUACACGUCGACAGUGGCAGUGUUGAUUUUGAUAAGCAGAGUUAGCUGCGAGGCUAGCUGUCUGAGAUAAUUUAGCUGUCGACGCUUGAAACGUGUUUUGUUAACGGCAGACAUUUAUAGGAGCUGUUAGCCUGGUAGCUAGCCUGCGCGUUAGCUAACGCUCCCAACCAAGACAGAGGAAAAGUCCACUUUUGAGAUUUUUUACCACAGGAUCAUCGCCCAGAUCUACAAGAACUGCAACUUGCUGUGGCACAAUGACGUCAAGGAAGAAAGUACUACUCAAAGUUAUCAUCCUUGGAGACUCUGGAGUUGGGAAGACCUCAUUGAUGAACCAGUAUGUGAAUAAGAAGUUCAGUAACCAGUACAAAGCCACAAUAGGUGCAGAUUUCCUGACAAAAGAAGUCAUGGUUGAUGACAGACUUGUCACAAUGCAGAUUUGGGACACAGCAGGUCAGGAGAGAUUCCAGUCCUUAGGUGUUGCGUUCUAUCGUGGAGCAGACUGCUGCGUCCUGGUGUUUGAUGUGACAGCACCCAACACCUUCAAGACUCUAGACAGCUGGAGGGACGAGUUCUUGAUCCAGGCCAGCCCUCGAGACCCUGAGAAUUUCCCCUUUGUGGUGCUGGGAAACAAGAUUGACUUGGAGAACAGACAGGUAACAACCAAGCGAGCACAGGCUUGGUGUCAGAGCAAGAACAACAUCCCAUAUUUCGAAACCAGCGCCAAGGAGGCAAUCAAUGUGGAGCAGGCCUUCCAGACUAUUGCACGCAACGCUCUUAAACAGGAGACUGAAGUGGAGUUGUACAACGAGUUCCCUGAGCCGAUAAAACUGGACAGGAACGAGCGAGCCAAGCUCGUUCCUGCAGAGACCUGCAGCUGCUGAGGACUCUGAGGAUCAUCCGGGGGGAACGGGGGGUGGGGGGGACACAAUCCUGUCUUGCCUUGUCUAUAUAUCCCUAAAACCCCUUUCCCAUGGCCCACUGUGUUAAUCCCUGAUGCCCAAUAAACAAGCAGCACCCCACUCAUAGAGUAUACUACUACACACACAAACAUGCUGCGCUCACCUCUUUAUGUAUACAAAACACACACAUUUUCUAUAAAAUAUGAGUCUGCUAGCCCAAAGAACACCUGAAGGAAACAUGGCAUUUACUUGUAUGAUGCUUAUUACUUCCCAGUGUUUCUCCAUGUACUUUUUCAUAGCGGUGGUGGUUUGGGCUUAUCUCAUUUUCGGUUUCAUGUAUAAUCGCUGCUUUCACACCCAGUUUUGCUUUUAUUUGGAUACUUUAAGUGGUAAAUCAAAGCAUUAUCUCUAUACAUGUUUGUGUUUGAGUAAAGUUGGACAAACUUUUUCUUUUUUUUUUUUAAUCAGUUUCUUAAGCAGUGGUGGUUGUUUUCUUUCUGUCACAGCCCGCCACUGCUGCAUGAAAAGAGGAAACACUGCUCCCCCAUUUUACUACUUUGUGUUGAGCUUAAAUUUGUAAACUUGUACCCUGGUUUCCCUUUACCUCAUGCAACCUUAAAAAUAAAUUCUGAUACAUAAACAGGGAGUCAGAGGUUAAAUAGUGAAGGAUCAGAAUGUGUGAAGGUGCAUGUGUGGAUCACAUUAAUAUGCUGCCUGCUGGUUCUCCUUAAUUGGCAUAGAACUGAAAACCCAUUUCAAUGAAAAGGCCACCAGAGAGUGUACAGAUUUUUUGUUUUUUUUGUUUUUGGAAAAAUAACAACUUGCUCAGACAUCUCAUUUUGGAGCCACAAUAAAUGCAGUUGUAGCUCAGGUUGAGGACAUCAUAUGAA